CGCCUUCAACUCCCGUGUUUUACGCACAGGGAGCGCUUGGAGAUAUCGCAGCCUAGGCAACUGCGCGCACAUACGCCGCGGGAGGCACCAGCCCGUGGAAUGACAGACCGCCGCGCCGAAUUCACGGGUGAAAAAUCAGCCUCGUCCGCGUCUGGGAGAUGAAAUCCCCAGGUCGGGAGAAGAACUCAAGAGGUUUGGCCGCGCUCGUUUAACAGCAGCAGCACACGCCGAUUGCACCAACCGGGUCGUUUACCAGUUCUUUUGAAAAAGAGGAAGAAAAAGAAAAAAAGAUAAAUCAUGUCCAGAACACUGAAAAAGAAGAAACACUGGUCAAGUAAAGUGGUGGAGUGCGCGGUGUCAUGGGGGAACCUGGGGGACUUCGGCUCCGUGGUGGAGAUCUUAGGGGGAGCCGAGCUGGGAGAGUUCCCCUACCUGGGCCAGAUGAAGCUGGACGUGCUGGUGUGCCACGUCGGGAAGCUGCCCUACUAUGGGGACGUUUUGCUGGAGGUGAACGGGACACCUGUCAGUGGACUUACGAACCGCGACACCCUGGCUGUCAUCCGCCACUUUCGGGAGCCGAUUCGCCUGAAGACUGUCAAACCAGGCAAAGUUUUGAACACGGACCUGCGCCACUACCUCAGUCUGCAGUUUCAGAAAGGCUCCCUGGACCACAAGCUCCAGCAGAUCAUACGAGACAACCUCUACCUACGCACCAUCCCCUGCACCACGCGGCUUCCUCGGGAGGGGGAGGUGCCAGGAGUGGACUACAACUUCAUCAGUGUCGGAGACUUCAGGAUCCUAGAGGAAAGUGGACUUCUACUGGAGAGUGGCACCUAUGAUGGUAACUACUACGGGACCCCGAAGCCCCCGGCAGAACCCAACUUGGUGCAGCCUGACCUGGUGGACCAGGUGCUGUUUGAUGAAGACUACGGCGGCGAGGUCCCCAGGAAACGCACCACUUCAGUCAGCAAGAUGGACAGAAAGGACAGCGUGGUCCCCGAGGAGGAAGAUGAUGAUGAAAGGCCAGCGCUGGUCAAUGGAUUGCCUGAGCACAAAGACGGGGCAGACUGGAGGAAGGCGGUGCCCAGCUACACCCAGUCCAGCAACACCAUGGAUUUCCGCACAUGGAGCUCUCUUCCCCGUGACGACAGCCUGGAGCCACUGCCCCUUAACUGGGAGAUGGCCUACACUGAGACUGGCAUGGUCUACUUCAUAGAUCAUAAUACCAAGACGACCACGUGGCUGGACCCCCGCUUAGCUAAGAAGGCCAAGCCCCCUGAGAAGUGUGAGGAUGGAGAGUUGCCCUACGGCUGGGAGGAAAUUGACGACCCACAGUAUGGCACGUACUACGUCGACCACAUCAACCAGAAAACCCAGUUUGAGAACCCGGUGCUGGAGGCAAAGAAGAAGCUGAGCCAGGAGACGGCUGCCAUCCAACAGGCCAGCGCACCUCCUCAAGGUAAGGGAGCCGCGUCUGGCUUCACGGCAGACCCCGGCCAGCUGAAGGGGGAGAUGUACCACACAGCCCUGAGGAAGAGCGCCCAGGGAUUCGGCUUCACCAUCAUCGGGGGCGACCGCACAGACGAGUUCCUGCAGGUGAAGAACGUGCUCAGCGACGGCCCAGCGGCCCAGGACAACAAGAUGGCGUCUGGUGAUGUAAUUGUGGAGAUCAAUGGGACGUGCGUGCUGGGGAAGACCCAUCCAGAGGUGGUGCAGAUGUUCCAGUCCAUCCCCAUCAACCAGUACGUGGACAUGGUCCUCUGCCGCGGCUAUCAGCUUCCGCCAGACGUCGACCUGGACAGCGACGACCCUCCUCCCCCUCCCCCACCGCCGCCGACCGCCCAGCCCCAGCAGGCCCUGCAGGGGGGCGAGGUGGUCACAGCCGUGCCCCUUAUCAACGGACAGCCGCUGCUGGUGAAAGGCGACGUCCUGCACGGCUCCUCGCAGGAGCUCCACUACGUCACCACCGACGCCAGCGGCCGGCCCGUGGUGGCCGCCCUGCCCAACGGGAGGCAGGGGGAGGCCACGGGAAUGCUGCAGCCGGAGCUGGUGAGCGUGCCGCUGGUGAAGGGGCCUGGAGGGUUCGGGUUCGCCAUCGCCGACUGUCCGCUGGGCCAGAAAGUGAAGAUGAUCCUGGAUGCUCAGUGGUGCCGCGGCCUGCUGAAAGGAGACGUGAUUAAAGAGAUCAACAGGCAGAAUGUCCAGACGCUGAGCCACGCCCAAGUGGUGGACAUCCUCAAAGACCUGCCGGUGGGCAGCGAGGUCAAUGUGCUGGUGCUGCGAGGAGGUCAAACAUCCCCUGUGAAGAGUCUAAAGCCUAGACAGGAAAUGACGGCCAGUACAGAGACUUUAGACUGCGUGACUGACUCAGCGCCGCAGGCCCUGUCUUACCACUCCAACACGAGCACCCUGCGCUCCGCCGACUCGCCCAAACGCGACGCCACGGAGAUGUACCUCAAGUCCAAGGCCUUGUUGGAGAGCAAACAGCCUCACACCAAAGACAUCGAUGUUUUUCUAAAGAGAGACAUCGAGACCGGCUUUGGCUUUCGGGUUCUGGGAGGAGAAGGUCCAGAGCAGCCAAAUGUGUUUCCCCAGGUUUACAUCGGGGCCAUUGUGCCCAACGGUGCAGCAGAGAAGGACGGCCGUCUGCGGGCCGGAGACGAGCUCAUCGGCAUCGAUGGUGUGAUGGUCAAAGGUCGUUCCCACAAGCAGGUGCUGGACCUGAUGACCAACGCUGCCCGGAACGGUCAAGUCAUGUUGACCGUACGCAGGAAGGUCAUCUACAGAGAAGUGACGGAGGAGGAGGCUCAGAGCAUGGCUCCGGUGCUGGUGAACGGCUCUCCGAGGCUGCCCCGCAUGACCGUGCCCAGCGCCCUGGACCACGAGUCCUUUGACAUCACCCUCCACCGCAAGGACACCGAGGGCUUUGGCUUCGUCAUCCUCACCUCCAAGAGCAAACCCCCACUGGGAGUUAUUCCACAUAAGAUUGGCCGUAUCAUCGAAGGCAGUCCCACUGACCGCUGCGGCCUGCUGAAUGUUGGAGAUCGUAUCUCGGCGGUGAACGGACGCUCCAUCAUAGAGCUUUCUCACAAUGACAUUGUUCAGCUCAUCAAGGAUGCUGGCAACGUGGUCACCCUCACGGUGGUUCCUGAGGACGAAUAUAAGGGCCCACCAUCUGGAGCCAGUUCAGCCAAACAGAGUCCAGCGCUUCAGCACAAAGCCAUGGGUCAAAGGUCAGCACUACAGGAUGAACGUUACAACCUGGACUUGGAGGACAAAAGGGAGGGAGUCAACUGGUCGGACUACAAAAAUCUUCCUGUCAGCGAGCAGGGAACGCUGUGUGUGACAGGACCCAACCAGGGUUGCAUGACAGUGGAGUUAGAGCGGGGUCCCAGGGGCUUUGGCUUCAGCCUGCGAGGGGGCACGGAGUACAACAUGGGCCUGUACAUCCUGAGACUGGCUGAGGACGGACCCGCUCUGCUGGACGGCAGGAUCCAUGUUGGAGAUGAGAUCGUGGAGAUCAACGGGGAGCCGGCCCGUGGAAUUUCGCAUACACGGGCCAUUGAGCUGAUCCAGGCCGGGGGGAACAAAGUGGUACUACUGCUGAGGCCUGGAGCAGGCCUGGCACAAGACAACAGUCAACGUGAUCAAAAACUCAUUUCACCCACAAGCUUUUCCAGAGAGGUAUUUGUCUCUGACACAUCACCCCUCUCCUCUCCAUUUUCCACUGGCGCUUCCAUCUUCGUUUCCUCUCCCUCCUCCAGCGAGCUGAAGGAGUCCCCUAGAUGGAGCACUCUGUCCCCAACAGGCCUCAAGCCCCGCAGCAACAGGGGUUCAGGCUCAAUGGAGGGGAGUGGGGAGUGGGCGCACAAGCAGAUCGAAAGGCUCUCUCCCACCACCCCUGAGCAUUUCACCUUCUACAAGAGGACCAGGCCCACAAAAGACUACAAAGAGCUGAGCAGCCCAAAGAAAACAGGGGAGACAUUUUCUAAAGCCAAAGAGCACUCCCACAGUCUCAAAAAGACAGAGAGCAAGACACAGGGAGCAGAACAGUUCAAGAACAGGAGAACUCAGACACAGGCAAAAGCACGGCCCAUGAGCCCUAGGAUGUCUCCUCAAGCUGGGCCGGCGCUGACCCUGCAGCGCGCAGAGCAUCAGCAAGGUCCGCCGAGGAGAUUAAAGGACCUUCCCAGCAGAGAGAGCUUGAAUCAUGAGAAGAGUGACUGCAAAAGGGUCAACUCGGAAAUCAGGAAAAGCACACAAAGGAUGGAAGAGCGAGGGGAAAGGAGCAGGCUUGCCUGUGAGCGAGAUAAUGUGAACAAGAGGGUGGUGAUGGCGGAGUCUCAACACCACAGGCCCAUUCCUCAUACGGCCAAACAGAGCGAGAAAGGAGCGGGUAGAGACUCAGGUCAGAGGGAUACUGCUGGGAAGAACAAAAAUAUGGAAAAAACCACGGAUAUAAGCAAAGUGACUAUGAGGAAAAGAGAAACGGGGUCGAUUAAAGAUACCCGCAGUAAAACAGAGUCUGUAGUUUCUCCAAAAGGUGUCAAAGGUAUGGACGACCUAUUUUCCUAUUGCAAGGAGGACAGAGGUAAGGAAGACUCUGUUGCUAUCAGCAGUAUUCCAGGGAUGCCGCAGAGCCCAAAGGGACCUAUUAGCCCCGGUCCUUGGAAAGUGCCCAGCUCGGCCAAAAUCCUCUCCCAGGCAGAGGUCCUACGUGACCCCUUCUGAUAGAAUAUAGAUUCAAACAGACUCGAGGGGUGCUGUGGAAUACUGAUCAGCACCUUCAGUGUAUUGUUAUUCUGAGUUCUUCCACUAUACAAACAGACAAAAGUGCCACAACUUGCCCCUUUUUCUCAGCUGUGGACCCAUGUCCAGAUUUGUCUACUGAUAAGGUCUUUUCAGAAGUUCAGUUUUCACUUUAUAUUACGGCAUGUAGCACCAGUGCUCCCAGUGCUCUCCUCUGCCUUGUCUGCAGCUUCAGCGACUUUUUGAUCUGGGACUCCUGCAUGUGUGGCAUGCUCGGGGCCUCACCAGACAGACAUUACCAAAUGUGAAUAUGUGCCAACUCUGAGAACCUGCUGUGGAAUGACUACUACAGUAUAUUUACCACGCGUCACCCAUUACAAUGCAAUUACCCCAUAUGCAAGAACGCCUUUCACCUGUGGUAUACACAAAGUGUGGCUGUCAUCCAGGGUUUUCUUUUGCUCCUGGUUAUCUAUGGUCUCAUUGUGAGGAAUUUAAUUUUCUAAAAGGUUUGCUCAACUGCAUGCAGUCGAUCCUUACGUUCGUUUUGCUGCAUGUGUUCUGCACAUCACUAAGGAUGAUCCUGCUUCCUUGUUUAUAAUUCCCAUUCUGAACACCAUGCAGAUUUGAAAUACUAUCCAGCAAGCAUUCACUUAACCGGGGACUCUAGACUGUUCUAUGGUUAUAGACAUGAUUCUCUUCGAUAUAAAUAAUAUCAUUACAAAUGACCAGAAACUUGUGGUUUGAGAUUUUGUUUACCAUGUGUAUGAUAACCAACCAGUGUGUAAUUUAUUGAGAUAAUAGAUGACUAUAUGUAUGUGUAUAUGUAGCUGUACCAAACCAUUCCACAUUUUGAUAUAGACUUCAAAGAUUUGUCCAUCUUAUCUGAGCUCUCACCAUCCUUCCAGUGUAUUUCAGUGGUAGGAAUUACCAUGGGUCUUUGUAGUUCAUGAAAUGUAUAGGUAAUGUGCAAACUGCUAUAUUUACCAAAUGUUUGAUUGCUCAAAAUGUGUCUCAUUGUGGAAUAUAAUAUAUAUAUUUGAAAUUUGUCAUGUUUUGCAGAUUCUAACUUUAAAAUAUCUAUUGAAUUCCAUUGCACUGCAUUUGCCCUUGUAGCAUUACAGAAUGACCAUGAGUUGUAUUUCAUUGGUGAUGUUGGCCUUGCUACCAAUACAUUGCCAUGUUAUGAAGAUUAUUUUAUUUUAUUCUUUUAUAGGUUUUUUUUUUUUUUU